AGAAAGAGCGCGCGUGUGUGAUUUGUUUGUGUAUCCUCAGCGGUUUUCUCUCUUGAGUGUAAACAGAGUCUUGCCUCUGAGGAUUUUAGCGUUGAUGAUGAGUAAACAGAGCUUACAUGAGGAUCAAACCUCCACAGAGUCUCUGGAUUCUGUCUGUAACGCUGGAGAACAGCAGCAGAUCCUGCAGACCAAACUGAAGAUGUGUUCAGUCAAACUCAUCGACUGCAGGGACAUCAUGAUGAAAAUAAAAACUAAACCCACAAAAGAGAAAGAUCACACUAAGGCAUCAGAUGUGAAGAGUGAUUCAUGUUUGGAUAUAGAAAUAACGUCCUCAACAUCAAAAGAGCGACUGACGGCACAAACUUUUUCCUGCAUCACCUGUGGAAAGACAUUUAGCUUAAAGAGAUAUUUAAAGAGACAUGAGAAGAAUCUUCAUUCAGAAGAGCACAGAGAGAAAAAGAAGCAGCAGUUUCCCUGUGAGCAGUGUGGGAAGAUUUGUUGCAAUAAAUUUAAUUUAGAGGGUCACAUGAGGACACACAGUGGUGAAAAGCCUUUCUACUGCACUGAAUGUGGAAAUUACUUCAGAGUCAAAGGAACUCUUAAAAGACAUCAGAAAAUUCACACUGGAGAAAAACCUUACAAAUGCUCUCAGUGUGACAAGACGUUUGCAAAUUUAGGUCUCUUAAAAGUCCACCAAAGGCAUCAUACUGGAGAGAAACCUUACGCUUGUGCUCACUGUGGAAAGCGCUUCUCUACUUCAUCUCAAUGUGAAGUUCAUAAAAGAGUUCAUACUGGAGAGAAACCUUAUCACUGCAGUGUUUGUAGGAAGAGUUUUAGUCAACUGAAAAACAUGCAAAGGCACAAGAGAAUUCACACGGGUGAAAAACCUUUCCAAUGCUCUCAGUGUGACAAGAUGUUUGCUCAGUUCAAUCACUUAAAAGCACAUCAGAGAGUUCACACAGGAGAGAAACCAUACCACUGUAAUGUCUGCGGGAAGAGUUUUAGUGGACACAGUUCCUUACGAAAUCACAAGAGACUUCAUACAGGUGAUAAACCUUUCAAAUGCUCUCAGUGUGACAAGACGUUUACUCAUUCAUGUUACUUACAAAUCCAUCAGAGGGUUCAUACUGGAGAGAAACCUUAUCACUGUAGUCUCUGUGGGAAGAGUUUUAGUGGACAACCUAGCUUACAAAGUCACAUGAGAAUUCAUACAGGUGAUAAACCUUUCAAAUGCACUCAGUGUGAAAAGACUUUUUCUCAUUUAUGUUCCUUAAAAGCCCAUCAGAGAGCUCAUACGGGAGAGAAACCUUAUCAGUGUAGUGUCUGUGGGAAGAGUUUUGGUCAUAAGUCUGCCUUUCUAAUUCACCAGAGAAUUCAUACAGGUGAAAAACCUUUCAAAUGCUCGCAGUGUGACGUGACGUUUACUCAUUUAGGUUCCUUAAAAUCCCAUGAGAGAGUUCACACUGGAGUAAAACCUUACUUCUGCACUCAAUGUGACAAGAGCUUCUCUAAGUCAUCUCUAUUCAGAGGUCAUCAAGAGAAAGUUCAUACUGGAGAGAAACCUUGCAACUCGUCUAUGGAUGUAACAUUGGGCAGCAACCUGUUGGGAAAAAAAGACGUCGACCAAUCACAGCGAAAGGAGUAUAAAUGGAGGUCGGAGCCAGCUGCAAAUGGAAGAAGAAGAAGAUGUGUUUGUGUAUCCUCUCAGCUUCUCUUGAGUGUAAACAGAGUCUUGCCUCUGAGGAUUUUAGCGUUGAUGAUGAGUAAACAGAGCUUACAUGAGGAUGAAACCUCCACAGAGUCUCUGGAUUCUGUCUGUACCGCUGGAGAACAGCAGCAGAUCCUGCAGACCAAACUGAAGAUGUGUUCAGUCAAACUCAUCGACUGCAGGGACAUCAUGAUGAAAAUAAAAACUAAACCCACAAAAGAGAAAGAUCACACUAAGGCAUCAGAUGUGAAGAGUGAUUCAUGUUUGGAUACAGAAAUAAUGUCCUCAACAUCAAAAGAGCGACUGACGGCACAAACUUUUUCCUGCAUCACCUGUGGAAAGACAUUCAGCUUAAAGAGAUAUUUAAAGACACAUGAGAAGAAACUUCAUUCAGAAGAGCACAGAGAGAAAAAGAAGCAGCAGUUUCCCUGUGAGCAGUGUGGGAAGAUUUGUUGCAAUAAAUUUAAUCUAGAGGGUCACAUGAGGACACACAGUGGUGAAAAGCCUUUCUACUGCACUGAAUGUGGAAAUUACUUCAGAGUCAAAGGAACUCUUAAAAGACAUCAGAAAAUUCACACUGGAGAAAAACCUUACAAAUGCUCUCAGUGUGACAAGACGUUUGCAAAUUUAGGUCUCUUAAAAGUCCACCAAAGGCAUCAUACUGGAGAGAAACCUUACGCUUGUGCUCACUGUGGAAAGCGCUUCUCUACUUCAUCUCAAUGUGUAGUUCAUAAAAGAGUUCAUACUGGAGAAAAACCUUAUCACUGUAGUGUUUGUAGGAAGAGUUUUAGUCAACUGAAAAACAUGCAAAGGCACAAGAGAAUUCACACGGGUGAAAAACCUUUCCAAUGCUCUCAGUGUGACAAGAUGUUUGCUAAUUCCAAUCACUUAAAAGCACAUCAGAGAGUUCACACAGGAGAGAAACCUUACCACUGUAGUGUCUGCGGGAAGAGUUUUAGUGGACACAGUUCCUUACUAAAUCACAAGAGAAUUCACACGGGUGAAAAACCUUUCAAAUGCUCUCAGUGUGACAAGAUGUUUGCUCAAUCCAAUCACUUGAAAGCACAUCAGAGGGUUCAUACUGGAGAGAAACCUUAUCACUGUAGUCUCUGUGGGAAGAGUUUUAGUGAAAAUGCUAGCUUACAAAGGCACCAGAGAAUUCAUACAGGUGAAAGACCUUUCAAAUGCACUCUGUGUGAAAAGACUUUUUCUCAUUUAGGUUACUUAAAAGCCCAUCAGAGAGCUCAUACGGGAGAAAAACCUUGUCAAUGUAGUGUCUGUGGGAAGAGUUUGGGUCAUAAGUCUGCCUUACUAAUUCACCAGAGAAUUCAUACAGGUGAAAAACCUUACAAAUGCUCACAGUGUGACAUGACGUUUACUCAUUUAGGUUCCUUAAAAUCCCAUCAGAGAGUUCACACUGGAGUAAAACCUUACUUCUGCACUCAAUGUGACAAGAGCUUCUCUAAUUCAUCUCUAUUCAGAGUUCAUCAAGAGAAAGUUCAUACUGGAGAGAAACCUUAACCCUCUAAUUUUUGUGGGAAGAGUUUACCUCCACCAUCCACUCCCCUGCCCUGUUGCAAGUUAUGUGUUUUUCAUGGUGUACUGAUGAUGUGUUUAUGUUGCUUAGGUGUUCUUCCUGUUCCCACAGGAUCAUAUAGUCUGGGGGUUGGUUUUUUUUCUCCUCCCCUCCCUCAUGUUAUGCUGUAUUUCUUUCUCAAUCCCCUGUCUUCCUGUCCUGUCCCCCCAUCAUAUUGUAUGUACUGUAUAUAUGAGCAGGUUGAUGGCUAAUUUCGCUGGUACCUUUGACCAGUCACAAUAAAGUACUACUACUACUGCUACUUCUGCUACUUCAUACAGGUGAAAAACCUUUCAAAUGCUCUCAGUGUGAAAAGGCGUUUGCUCAGUCAGGUACCCAAAUGCAAUGCUCUACCAUUGGGCUACACAUGAUAAUUAUGAGCAACAUAAUUGUUCGCGAGAGAAGGUGUGGCGUUUUGCAUGAUGUUGACCGGCGAAUGCAGACACGAUGGCUGGAUUGCAUAAACAUUACACUGAAAUUCGAUCACAAUACAUCCUUAACUCUGGACCA